CGGCGGGAAGUUCGUACUGGGAAGAAGGCGUCGGUUCUGCGGCUCGGGUGACAAUGCCUCGUGUUAAAGCAUCUCAAGCUGGAAGACAGGGCCCUGCAAAGAGACACCUUGCAGAACACUUUGCAGCUGGGGAGGUGAUCACCGACAUGUCCAAAAAGGCAUGGAAGCUCGGACUGCCCAUUGGCCAAGGCGGCUUUGGCUGUAUAUAUCUUGCUGAUAAAAAUUCUUCGAAAUCGGUGGGCAGUGAUGCACCCUAUGUUGUAAAAGUGGAACCCAGUGACAAUGGACCUCUUUUUACUGAAUUAAAGUUCUACCAGCGAGCGGCCAAACCAGAGCAAAUUCAGAAAUGGAUCCGUACCCAUAAACUGAAAUACCUGGGUGUUCCUAAGUAUUGGGGGUCUGGUCUGCAUGAUAAAGAUGGGAAAAGUUACAGGUUUAUGAUAAUGGAUCGCUUUGGGAGUGACCUUCAGAAAAUAUAUGAAGCAAAUGCCAAAAGGUUUUCUCGGAAAACUGUCUUGCAGCUAAGCUUAAGAAUUCUGGAUAUCCUGGAAUACAUUCAUGAACAUGAGUACGUACACGGAGAUAUCAAGGCCUCGAAUCUUCUUCUGAGCUGCAAGAAUCCUGACCAGGUGUACCUGGUAGAUUAUGGUCUUGCUUAUCGGUACUGCCCAGAGGGAGUUCAUAAAGAAUACAAGGAAGACCCUAAAAGAUGUCACGACGGCACUAUUGAAUUCACCAGCAUUGACGCACACAACGGCGUGGCCCCAUCCAGACGUGGUGACUUGGAAAUACUUGGUUAUUGUAUGAUCCAGUGGCUUAGUGGCCAUCUUCCAUGGGAGGAUAAUUUGAAAGAUCCUAACUAUGUUAGAGAUUCCAAAAUUAGAUACAGAGAAAAUAUUGCAAGUUUGAUGGACAAAUGUUUUCCUGGGAAAAACAAGCCAGAUGAAAUUGCUAAAUACAUGGAAACAGUGAAAUUACUGGACUAUGCUGAGAAACCUCUUUAUCAAAAUUUACAAGACAUUCUUUUGCAAGGACUGAAAUCUAUAGGAAGUAAGGAUGAUGGCAAACUGGAACUUGGCAUUUCGGAGAAUGGAGGUCUGAAAGCAAAAACUGUCACAAAGCAGCGGAAGAGAGAAACUGAGGCGCGCACAGAAGCCAGUGUGGAGGACGUGGAGUGCUCUGACGCGCAGACGGGAGAAGGCGUGCAGACCCGUUCAAGAGGGAGAAAGAGAGUCCAGAAGUAAAUUACAUGCUGUGAACCAGUUUUCUUUUUUUUCUUUCAUUUGACUUUUUCUUCUUUUUCUAUUUUAAGUGUUUUCAUGUGAGUCUUGUGGGUGGGGGUAACAGGAAAAUACCAAUGUCUUUGAAAAAC